CAGACGGAGUAGAGAAGGUCUCGUGGUCGGAUGUUGUGUGUUGUGUAACUGCUGAAAUUUCGUCUUUGUAAUCGUAGUGUCUCUGAGGCGAUUGAUGGACCGAAUGAAGAUGUUUAUCCUACAAAAUUGUUGGUGUUGACACAGUGAGUGAGCGUCAGUUGUCGACAGUGCCUGACUGUUGGGUUAAAUUUGCCUAGUAAACAGCAAAGCGAGGUGUUGCAUUAGUUGGGUGCGCGGAAGGUAAGAUAGCAGCUAUCGGAAACCCUGGCAGAUUUAAGUGUCACCAUUAUGGGCAAUAAUGCCGCAACGGCCAACAAGAAAGUUGACGCAGCCGAGAGUGUCAAGGAAUUUUUGGAUCAAGCCAAAGAAGAUUUCGAGAAGAAGUGGAAAAAGAAUCCAACGAACACUGCAAGCUUAGACAACUUUGAACGAAUAAAGACACUUGGAACGGGCUCCUUCGGCAGAGUUAUGAUAGUUCAACGUAAGCCGACGAAAGAAUACUUCGCAAUGAAAAUCCUGGAUAAGCAGAAGGUUGUCAAACUGAAGCAAGUGGAGCACACGUUGAACGAGAAGAGGAUUUUACAAGCCAUCAGUUUUCCAUUUUUGGUGAGUCUCAAGUAUCAUUUUAAGGACAAUUCCAACUUGUAUAUGGUGCUGGAGUACGUGCCGGGUGAUGAGAUGUUUUCACACCUUCGUAAGGUCGGCCGCUUUAGCGAACCACAUUCACGAUUCUAUGCAGCUCAGAUUGUACUUGCAUUUGAGUACCUACACUAUUUGGAUCUGAUUUAUCGUGAUUUGAAGCCAGAAAACUUGCUAAUUGAUUCUCAGGGUUAUCUGAAGGUAACUGAUUUUGGAUUUGCUAAGAGAGUGAAAGACCGUACCUAGACCCUGUGUGGCACUCCAGAGUAUUUAGCAGCAGAAAUUAUUCUUAGCAAAGGUUACAAUAAGGCUGUAGAUUGGUGGGUUCUAGGUGUACUUGUUUAUGAAAUGGCAGCAGGUUACCCACCAUUUUUUGCAGAUCAGCCAAUCCAGAUUUAUGAGAAAAUUGUGUCUGGGAAAGUAAGGUUUCUUUCACAUUUUGGCUCUGGUUUAAAAGAUCUGCUUAGAAAUCUUCUGCAAGUUGAUCUAACAAAGAGAUAUGGAAACCUAAAGAAUGGUGUCAACGAUAUUAAGGCUCAUAAGUGGUUUGCAUCAACAGAUUGGAUAGCAGUGUUCCAGAAGAAGAUUGAAGCACCAUUUAUCCCACGCUGCAAGGGACCAGGAGAUACAAGUAAUUUUGACGAUUAUGAGGAAGAAGCACUAAGAAUCUCUUCCACCGAGAAGUGUGCCAAAGAAUUUGCAGUGUUUUGAAUAAUCCUCUGUAGUUAAUGGGCCCUGUUAUUGAGAACUUGGUGUCACAGGAAAAGGUACAAGUCUGUUUUCACCUCUUCAUUUAGUAAGCCUGAGACAUGCUCAUGCAUUGUUAAAUUAGCAGUGUGGGAUCUGAUAUAUACCAGUUAGCAUACAGUCAGAUGU